GAAUUCAAUAAAUUUUGGUAUUGUUUAGGUUUGACCACUGCUCAUUGUGUUCCAUUUUCUCUCUCUUAAAUCUCAAUAUUCUUCAUUCUUCAUUUUCUCUCUCUAAAAUCUUCAUCACUUCAUAGUUUUUUCCAAUUUGCUUUCUUUGACUCACAAGGGGUUGAAUUCAAAUCACACAAAGUUUCAUUUUUUUUACCAAUUUCUGUGUUGCAUGAGCUUCCAUUUCUUCUCCAGAGAUAAACAAUUCUCGAAAACAACCUAGUUCUGUACAAAGGAUGGGGUGUUUCACUGUAUUGAAGAGCAAGAAGAAGAAGUCUGAUUCUUUUGCCUAUGUAAAACGCAUAAGCCAUAACGAGCAUGCGCCUUCAGUACUUCCUGAACCUCAAACUCACACUCGCUCACUACAGUCUGCACCACCUAGUUUCAGGACCAGGGUGAAACCCAUUCAAUCUGUUAAUAAAGCAACUAACAAUAGAAUACGGGCAUUAUCUGCUCCAUCGACUCUUGAUGUAGCAGACCAAGAUGCUUUGGCCUCAAUUGAGUACGAAGAACAAGAAGAGUUAAAACACCGAGGAGGAGGAUCAAUGAAGGAGCCGCGUUCUUCUAGUCCACAACCUUUACCACUUCCAUCUCCUCAGGGAGGUAGUUCACUAAAGGCUAUUGGCAGCUUUAAGUUGGGGACAGCUAGUGGUCCUCUACAUGCUUCUGGACCUUUGCCGCUUCCUCCUACCGGUUCACUUCGAAACUUUCCGUAUGAGGAAGUUGCUGCUGCUUGCCACAAUUUCUCUUCUGAUCGAUGCAUGUCAGAAUGUCUUUCGUCCACCAUAUAUAAAGCUUACUUUGGUGAUGAUCCUUCAAAUUCAAAGAAGUUUGAAGCCACUGUGACACGUCUUCACCCAUCAUCUCAGGGUUUGAAGGAAUUCAUAAACGAGGUUAAUACUCUUGCAACUUUGCAACACCCAAACCUCUGUAAAUUGCUAGGAUUUCACGCACGUGAUGGAUCAGAACACAAAAUGUUGGUCUAUGAGAGGCUAUACCAUGGAAGCUUGGACCGCCUUUUGUAUGGUAGAUCUGAUGGACCAUCAAUUGAUUGGAAUACAAGAAUGAAAAUUGCAAUGUGUGCUGCCCAUGGUCUUACUUUCUUGCAUGAAGAAGGGCCUUUUCAGGCAAUGUAUAAUGAGUUCUCAACAGCCAACAUACAGAUCGACAAAGAUUUCAGUGCUAAGCUUUCUGGAUAUGGUUGUGUUGGUCAUAUUCCCGAGGAAGAGAUUUCCAGCAGUUCAUCUGCUGUUGGAAACUUAUCAAUGGAAACACUGGAGAAAGGAAUGCUGACCCCCAAAAGCAAUGUGUGGAGCUUUGGAAUUUUUCUUUUGGAGUUGCUUACCGGAAGAAAGAAUCUUGACAGCCGUCACCCCAAGGAAGAGAGGAAUUUAGUCAAAUGGAGCAAGCCUUUCCUAGCCGAUAAUUACCGUUUAUCGCUGAUCAUGGACCCUCAACUUAAAGGCCGCUAUCCUUCUAAAGCAGCAAGAACAAUAGCCGACAUUGCACAAAGAUGCCUUCAAAAGGAGCCAUCAGAUAGACCCACCAUGAGAACUGUCGUCGAGCAUCUCAAAACGAUACAGGAUUUGAAGUACUCUUGUAGGUUUCCACUGCAAGAACCAGCGCCAUUAUCUGGAAAGGAAAUGUUGAGAUCGCCAAGUCUUAAUGGUAUCAUCUGCCCUGCGCCAAGGUUGAGUUACUCUCCAUCCCGGCCAUCAGUAGCCCUGAUACCAAUUUCACCUCCAAGAUGGUCCGGGGUGCCCGUCCUUCCGCCUCGAGCUUGUUCUUCUACUCUCUCAUUGGUAGAGCUUGAUAGGCAAGAAAGCCGUAAGUCAUCAUCUUCAGCCUCUAGAAGGGCCAGUGUAGAAGGAUUUUGAAUGUCUAUAUAAAUGUUCAUUUUUUAUUUAUUUUUGUGUGGUUCAACACAAAUUUAUAGGAGAUAAAUAUGUGGUUCUUCCACCUUUAAUCCCUCUGUGUGAUGCUGAGGUGAUGUUCUUUUGUAGAUAGUGGAAAGGUUGGUGACUGGGUUCAAUUAAUACCCUACUUAUAUGAAAAUUUUAUUUAGUUUUUAGCA